AUGGGCCCCUCUCUGUGGGGCUUCGCCUGGGCGGCGGGGCUGUUGGCGCUGCUCCUGCCCGCGGUGGGGGCGACUGGAGGGGGCCCCCCAAGGAAUUUCUUGUACCAAGAGAGGGCUGAGUGCUUCUUCUCCAAUGGAACCGGCCCCGAGGCACAGGUGCACUACCUGGAUCGGUUCAUCUAUGACCGGCAGGAAAUUGCCCACUUCGACAGCGCCCUGGGCCGGUACGUGGCCCUUGCACCCAUGGUGGAGUCCAGCGUGGACAGGUGGAACCGAGACCCGAGCAUGCUGCCGAGAAAUAUGGCUAACAUGGAUGGCCUCUGCCACCACAACUAUGGCAUUUUCCAGCCCUUCGCCCUCAGCAGGAAAAUUCCACCCAAGAUGAAGAUCACCCCCACCCACUCCGGGGCCUCCACCUCCUCCCGCAACACUAUGCUGAUCUGCACCGUGGGCCCUUUUUUCCCGGCCAAGAUCACAGUCCGGUGGUUCAGGAACGGGAAGGAGGAAAAGGGGGAAAUGGUGAUGACCUCGGGCCUCAUUGACAACGGAGACUGGACCUACCGGGUCCAAGUGAUGCUGGAGACGCAGCCGGAGAAGGGAGAUGUCUACAUCUGCCAAGCGGAGCACGACAGCUCUCCUAGCCCUGCCUCCAUUGAGUGGAGGCCCCAGUCGGACUCCGCUAAGAACAAGAUGUGGACGGGGAUCGUGGGCCUGGUCCUGGGGGUGGUCUUUGUGGCCGCAGGGCUCUCCGUCUACGUCAAGAAAGGUGAGGCUGUGUAUGCGACAUUCUGAGUACCACUUCUGAAAGGUCCUCACAGCAGUAGAGUGUAGCUCAGGU